AUGGCUGAAAAUGUGAAGCUUGUAGUGGUGGGCGAUGGAAAUGUGGGGAAGACGUGUAUGUUGAUGUGUUACACGUCUGAUGAGUUCCCUACUGAUUAUAUCCCAACUGUGUUUGACAACUAUGUUGCAAAUGUGACAGUCGAUGAAAAAAAAAUCAACCUUGGUCUAUGGGACACUGCAGGUCAAGAGGAGUACAAUAGUUUGCGUCCAUUGUCGUAUCCACAAACUGAUAUCUUUUUAUUGUGUUUCUCUGUUGUGUAUCAUGCGUCUUACGUUAAUGUCCGAGACAAAUGGGUCAAAGAAGUCCUUCAUCACUGCCCCACUGCGAAGUUAAUGGUUAUUGGAACAAAAACAGAUCUCCGUGAAGAUAUAAAAGAAUUGAAAACAAUGAGCGAAAAUGGCGAACAACCUUACACAAAAGAAGACGGUGAUAAGUUAGCAGCAGAGUUAAAAGCCUAUUGCUAUAUGGAGUGCUCGGCUUUGAAACGUACUGGUCUGAAAGAUAUUUUCGAUCAAGCAGUUCGCUUUACUUUGAAACAAAGAGGUGGCGCCGGUGAAGGAAAAAGUACUAAAGAAAAGCAAAAGGGAAAGUGUUUCAUCCUUUAA